UGUCGACGUGGGAAGGGAGGGAUUCAGACACCAAACAAAUGGCCACGGGUUUGAUGUUGGGUUAUAUUACAGAGGACUGUGACAUGUCAGCGGGAUUCAGUACAUAACUUAAUGACAUUUUAAAACAUGUGGCUCAAACCUGAAGAGAUCCUGCUGAAAAACGCCUUCAAGUUGUGGGUCACCGAGAAGGAUAACGAGUAUUUCGUGCUGCAAAGGAGACGGGGGUACGGAGAAGGUGGAGGCGGGUUGACAGGGCUUCUCGUGGGAACUCUGGAUACUGUGUUGGACUCCACAUCCAAAGUUGCUCCUUACCGGAUUCUUCAUCACACACCAGACUCACAGGUGUACUGGUCGAUAGCAUGCGGUGUGACCAAAGAGGAGAUUGUUCAGCACUGGGAUUGGCUGCAGCAGAACAUCAUGAGGACGCUCUCCGUCUUCGACUCCAGUGAAGACAUCACCAGCUUUGUUCAGGGCAAGAUAAGAGGUCUUAUCGCAGAGGAAGGAAAGUUAUCCCUGGUUCUGGAAGAUGAUCCUGAGAAGUUCAGAGAGGCACUUUUGCGGUUCGAGAAGUGGUUUGAGCUGCCGUCAGAGGAAAAACUGGUCACAUAUUACUCAUGCAGCUACUGGAGAGGCAAAGUGCCGUGCCAGGGCUGGCUCUACCUCAGCACCAACUUCCUGUGCUUCUAUUCAUACCUGCUGGGAUCUGAGGUGAAACUGGUCAUCUCCUGGGAUGAGGUCUGGAGGCUGGAGAAAACCUCCAACGUUAUUCUGACUGAGAGCAUCCACGUCUUGGCUCAUGGCGAGGAUCACUACUUCUCCAUGCUGCUGCACCUGAAUGAAACAUUUGUCAUUAUGGAACAGCUGGCCAGCUACGCCAUCAAGCGCCUUUUUGAUAAAGAGGCCUUCCAGAGAGAGCCGGCGCUCUCCGACCCUCUGCAAAUCACCAAGAGAGGCUUAGAAGCCCAUGCAAAGAGUGAGCAGUUUCGGGCCUUUUUCAGGCUCCCCAAAGAGGAGAAUUUGUUAGAGGUGCAUGAAAGCUUCCUGUGGGUUCCCUUCAGCCACUAUAACACGCUUGGCAAGAUCUGUCUGUCAGAGAACUACCUGUGUUUCGCCAGCCAAGAUGGCAGCCAGUGCCAUAUAAUCAUUCCAAUGCGAGAGGUAGUUAAUGUGGAGAAGCCAGACACCACCAGCAGGGCCCUCACAGUGUGUGUGCGUGGCAAGAGAGCACUGCGUUUCUCUGAGGUGCGAGACUACCAGCGGCUUACCAACACCAUCCGGAGCAGAUGUGGAAUCAGUCCAAGUCCCCAGCACUCAGCUUCAACAGAGGCCAUAAGGGGGGAGUGCCAGUCACUCAUCAACCACUUUGAGGACAACCCAGAUGAUGUAACACUGAUGGUGGGACAGAAAGACAGCAGCAAGGCUGUAAGCACCGAGGCUCUCAUGACUGUUUUCCACCCACAGGAUGUUGAAAACCUUGACCCCAAAAUGCUGAAAGAAAAGAUGAAGGAGCAGUCCUGGAACAUACACUUUUCUGAAUACGGACGCGGCACGAGUAUGUUCUUCACCAGAAAGACACGAGACCUCAUCGUCCGUGGUGUUCCAGAGGCCCUGAGAGGAGAGCUGUGGAUGCUGUUUUCAGGAGCUGUGAACGACAUGGCCACUCACCCCGGCUAUUACAGCGAGCUGGUUGAACAGUCCCUGGGCACAAGCACUUUGGCUACAGAUGAGAUCGAGAGAGACUUGCACCGCUCGCUUCCAGAGCACCCCGCUUUUCAGAGCGACACAGGAAUCUCAGCUCUGCGAAGAGUCCUCACUGCCUACGCAUACAGGAACCCUAAGAUCGGAUACUGCCAGGCCAUGAACAUACUCACUUCAGUGCUCCUGCUCUACGCGAAAGAAGAGGAGGCUUUCUGGCUCCUUGUAGCUGUCUGUGAGAGGAUGUUGCCGGAUUACUUUAACAGGAGAAUCAUUGGUGCUCUGGUCGACCAGGCAGUGUUUGAGGAUCUGAUUCGAGAGAACCUCCCACAGCUGGUUGAGCAUAUGACAGACCUCAGCUUCUUCUCCUCUGUGUCCUUGUCCUGGUUCCUCACGCUCUUCAUCAGUGUCCUGCCAAUAGAGAGCGCUGUCAACGUGGUGGACUGUUUCUUCUACGACGGCAUCAAAGCCAUUCUGCAGCUUGGUUUGGCUGUGCUCGACUAUAACAUGGAGGCUCUUAUCAGCUGCCAUGACGACGCAGAGGCUGUCACCAUCCUCAACAAAUUCUUUGACAGUGUGACAAACAAAGACAGCCCACUACCUCCCACGGUGCAGCAAGCUCCAGUGGGCAAUAACGACAAAGCAUCCCACUUCAAUGUGGAUAUCAGCGAACUCAUCAGAGAGGCCUAUGAGAAAUACGGAAAUCUUCGGACAGAGGAAGUCGAGAGUUCACGGAAAAGAAACAAACUGUACGUCAUUCAGACGCUGGAGGAUACAACCAAACAAAAUGUUAUCCGAGUGGUGUCCCAAGAAGUGAGACUCAGCGCUCCACAGCUGGAUGAGCUCUAUAACUUGUUCAAAAGGCAGCAUUUCCUCUGCUGCUACUGGAAGAUUAAGAGUCCAGCACUGCUGCAUCAUGACCCCAGCCUGGCCUAUUUGGAGCAGUACCAACUGGGUUUCCAACAGUUCAGCACGCUCUUCUCCCUACUGGAGCCCUGGGCCUUCUGCACCACCAAGAGCACCCUCUCCCUGUGGAUCUUCCGCCUGAUAGAUGAGAACCAGGAUGGCCUCAUCAACUUUAAAGAGUUCUGCUCAGCCCUCGAUACUUUGUACUGUGGGUCUUUCACAAACAAGCUUAAGUUUCUCUUCAAGUUGCACCUGCCACCAGCUUUCACAGGGAGUCCUUUGCACCUAAAGGAGCAAAGAAUCGAGCACUUUACUCCACUGACUGAAGACUCUUCUCACUUGAGUAGACUCACUGCAUUUGAUCUGCCUGAAGAUGGUGUGAUACGGAAAAGCCCUGAAAGAGGUAGAGGGAAAGUUGAUCUGCAGGCCUACCUGAAACAAUGGCAAAAUGAAAUACUGAAGAAAGAGGAAACUAUCAAAGACCUACCCAGAAUUAAUCAGACUCAGUUCAUCCAGUUAUCCAAGACUCUAUACAAUAUAUUUCAUGGUGAUCCAGAGGAGGAGUCUCUAUACAGGGCCGUUGCCCAUGUGACCAGCCUCCUCCUGAGGAUGGAGGAGGUGGGACGGAGGCUUCAGGAGCCGAGCAGCUCGCCAGAGUCCACAAAGCCUACCAGUGCCACUGCAUCCUCUGCAGAAGACGAGUCUCCAACUGAAGAAGCCUCCACCACCCCAGAGGGUUCCGACACCUCCCGCCAAAUUCAGGACGCCGCGGCUGACCCAACAGAGAUAGAGUGGUCGUUUUCAUUCGAGCAGGUCCUGGCCUCUCUCCUCAACGAGCCGACCAUUGUCAACUUCUUUGAAAGGCCCGUGGACGUUCAGAGUAAACUGGCUCAAGCUAGGGUUGCUCAGCUGAAGCUAAAGGCAAAUAAGUGAAAGGAUGCAUCAUCAGCGUGUCAGUACUUAAAUACAAACCCAGGAGUGAUCAUGAAUUUCCUUUCUCUGCUUGGAUAAGGCAGUGGGUGACGGGGCAGACAGUGAGGGUACUGUUGAAGUGAAGGAGACAUCAGAAUUGAAAUCUGCAGUGCUUGUGCACCAGUGUGUGAGGGGCUUUUAAGUUCAAGCGGCUGAUUAUCAGCUACGGUGGCUGAUGACGCAGAUUAGGCACAACAUCUUAAGACAGUGUGUGUAGACUGACAACCCACUGACCAAAACCUUCAGUGUUUUUGAAUUUUAAGUCCCACUGCAGACCUAUCAUAGUUAUUCCUUUAAUCUGAUUAUGCAUUUUUUUUAACCCUUUCAUUCUCUCAUUUCAGCUCAGCUUCAUAGGACUUAAGUUUAGUUUAGAAAAUUCAUUGAGCGCAUAUAGCAUAGUUUGUAAUGUACAAGGAACAUCCAGUACUGCCUGCUGUAUUUAGAAACAGACAAGUUUGUUCUCCCUGCUAUCUCUGGUGUCGUGCUGAGGUACAGAUGCAUAAAUAUAUAACCAUAGAAAGUAUCACAUAACCUUAGAAAAGGUAACAAGUCCACAGACGACCUUCUAGAUAUCUUGAUUUAUUUUUCUGUGAAUCUGCAAAUUCUGAUGUGUCCUGUGACUUCAGUGUCUCCUGUUCUUGAACAACAUAAGUGUUAUUGUGUGAAAUUAUUGUGAGAAACACCAGCUUUUCAGGUGAUCCUGACUCAGAGUAGAUAGCAGUGCUGCGAUAUCAUUUCUGGAAGCAAUGAAUUGAUUUCAGACAUGAAAUCGGAAUGAAGUUGUUGGAUAGAUUUUAUCAAGAGCUACAAGAUUCAAUUAUGGCAUUUGUACAUUUGCAAUAACACACGAGAGAGAGGAAGCCGCACUGCCACAGCACAUUCAUCCGUCUCUAUCUGACAAGUAACUAUAUUAAAGCAUGACUUUAUGAAUCUGAACUUCAUAUUGCUGCUGUAGGGAAAUCUCUAGUGUCUGCCUCUGACAAUGUUCUGUGUUCAUUCACAGUGUGCGUACGUCAGUCUUCAUGUAUGUAGGAUGUUAUGCCCUAGUGUAAGCGAAGAUUUUUGUACAUAUUGGUAAGUUCAAUAGUCGUUGGAUUAUUCUAUUUAUAAGGCUUGUAUUGAAAAUGUAAGAUAUGAGCUAGUGGACUGUUAAGAACACAACUUAAACAUUCUGAAGGAAAUUUAGUUUUUAUCAAAACUCAGGGUGCAAUCUGUGUACAUAAAGGAGAAAAGGGAUAUUUUUUUGACAUUGAACAUGCAGAGUAUGUGACUGAGUUAUACAAAGCUUAAAUAUGUCUGUGAGCAUGUGUAGCAUUGUUCCAGGAUGUGUCACAUUACACUAGCCUUCAAUGAAUUGUAACUACAACUGCUUGGAAAGCCAGAUUGACUUGCAGCAUUUCAAUUGUUUUACUGUCACCUGUGCUUUUGCUGCUUUUCUUUCUUUCUUGCUUGUACUAGCAGGGAAUUGUUUGCACAAUUGUUCGAGACUUUCAAGCUGUAGGUAUGUCUGUAUCUCGGCCAGAUCUCUAAGGCUUUGGGACUGCUAAAGGUCACAACUACUUUGGCUGUAGCUUGUCGUUUUAAGGGGCCAAAUCCACAAGAUUUGUAGAGCUUUAUCUCUACCUGUGUCAGGAACAAGUAUUUAAGAAGCUCUUCAAGUGCAAGUGCAAUUGUCUGUUUUUUCUGUAUCAUGUUAUUUUGCUAUUUGCUUGGAAUGUUUGCUGUUAUUUUGUGUAGUUCUCAUUUUUAUAAGGCCAUCUGAAAUGUAUUUCAUUGUAUAAUUACUGGGUUGAUUAAUAUAGAUUGUUUCAGUGUACAACUGGCAUUACUUAUCAAAAAUGAGCAUUUCACAAACACUGAUUAUUCAUCAGAAGUGAAAUGAAAAGGUCACCAUUUACAUGACUGUUGUAAAAGAAGCUAACGAUAAAUAUAUCCAAAUACACCUCCCCUUCUGAACUAAAAGAACUUGAUCGGUGACUUCAGUUCAGGACUUUCAUCUUGAGAUCAGAGGAGCUGAUCAUAUAACAACCUUUCAAAACAACAGCUAUGUGUCUGUUAUAUAAAACCAUCACCUCUGACCAUGGUUUGACUAUUUCAGUACAACUGUUCUCCGCCAGUUUCAUAACACUUGCAAACUUCCAAGAAGUUAUCAUAAUUGACACAUUGUCUUAUAGAAUGUGUGCAAAGUUAAGUUUCCAUGUCAGUUUAUUUGCAUGCUCUCUUUAUAUCUUAAUGAUUAGAUAUCACUUUGGGAAAAUAAGGCCAAGCUCACUUUCAAGAAUCAGUUUCUUGUCUUUAUGGAAGAAAGGUAGGAAAAUGUGGUUGAGACCAAACAAACCCUCAGUCAUUUCCUGAUUCACUCUGGGAAAUGACUCUUUGUAGGAACACAAUAAAAAUCCAAUCUGAAGAAUCUGAGUGUAUACAAUAGGCAUGAAUAAGGUUUCAAGUCAUUGCAUUGAUGUAUGUUUAAACAAGUUCUUAUAUGUGCAAUUAUAGUCUACAACUUAAAAGUCUGUAGCUUGAAAUGAAAGCUUGUAUUGCAAAACAUGUGGAGCACGGAUAUUUCUGUUGACCUAAUGUUUGUUUGUUUGUUUUUCUAAAUUUCCAUGCAAUGUUACCCAAAUAAAGAGAUAAUUCUAUCAGUAA